CAGCACUCCUGCCAGGCAGAUAAGGGAGAGACGGAGCCUGGGACAGGGACAGAGAGCGAAAGAAAGAAAGAAGCAGAGAGACGGCGUGAAGGGCUGGAGCAGGGGGCAGAGGGCCGGGCAGGGCGGACGGAGGGAACAUGAAAGAGGAAAAAGAAGGGAAAAACCCAAGCGCUCAGAAGGCCGGGUGUGAGAUAGGAGCUUGCCCCCACCCUCCCCCACCUGCCAUGUCUGCCCCCCCGGUGCCAUCCGACCACGUGACAAUGAACAUGGCCACGGAAGAGGUCCAGAUCCAGCUAUGCCCGGACCCACAUCUGGUGAGCACGACCACGGGAGGCGUGGAAGGCGCCUGCCACCACUGCCUCCUGCCCUUCAGCGUGGUGGCGCUGCUGAUUGGGGUGGCAGUGACGGCCGUGGCCUACGCACAUGACACCCACGGCUCGGUGCUGUCAGUGCUGGGAUUGGCCCUGCUGGGUGCCGGGGCGCUGGGCCUGGCUGGGAGCUACCUGGCCUACCGCUGCCGGGGCCGCAAGAUCAGGGGCUGGAGACGCGGCAGCUUCACCCUGUUGGUGGGGGACCAGCUGCAGAAAAAGGUGGUGGUGUGAGAGUCUGAUCCUGGCCAGCGUGGGACACCAGUCCGGGUUCUGCCUCCAUCCUAAGUCCGAUUCGGGCGGCGUGGGUAUCCGGGCCGGGUUUUGCCACCACCCAGAGUCCCCUGACUGAGCCAUCCCACCUCCUGCUGCAUGGGACCUGCCCUGUGUUGUGUGUCAUUGCCCCUGUACCACAGGUCGCGGGGGAUUCACCUUUAAACCCAACACUCCCUCGCCCAACUCUCCUGCCUACUGACAUCACAGCCUCCAGCCCUGCCUCAGACUCCGGUUGCAGCCCUCUUGCCGCAUGAACUACACACCCAUGGGCCCAUCUAGCGUGGCAUCCCGCCUCCAGCAACAACCAGCAUCUGCUGCUGUGGCGGAAAGGCCUGAGACGCCCCUGCACCCCACGUGCGAUAAUGGAAUAAUUCACCUGGACACUGCGCUCCUGCCCUUGCUGAGAAUCCUGUGGCCGGGAGUUCCGCAGGCCGUGCAAAAAAAAUAUCUCGCCCGCA